AUGGAAUUAAAAGUUAUAGAUAGAUGUCCUUAUGAACCAAACCACAAGAUACCAGCUAGCAGGUUACAGUACCACCUGGCAUCAUGCAAAACGAAAAAUCUAAAGAUCGCUAAAAAGAUGGCUAGCUGCAAAUAUAAUGCUUGCCAUGUGGUUCCAAUCAAAAGGGUCAAGGAACACGAGGCCAACUGCGCCAGCAGAAGUGCCAUGGAUGAUGAGCCACUUAAUCUAAAGAUUAUUUGUCCAAGUUUGGAAGCAAAUGAAAACUUUCCUAAUGCUGGUGAUCAGAUUCCUGACCCCGAUGUCGGGAAUGUAGAUCACAUGCAUCAUUCUCCUUCAUUUGUUCUUGAGGGUUUUGUUUCAAAAAUUCUGGUUUGUGAAAGUGACUCAAGACAAUUCCAAGAGGCUAUGGUUGAUAAACAUCCUAACAACUAUAAAUUCUGGGGAGAAGGUCAAAAAAAUUGAUGGAGGAAAUUGAAGUAAAGCACCAACA